AUGCUUCAUCUUGCUGUCCGCUGUCGACCCGCAGUCACUCGCGGGACUUAUGGCAGCAUUGUCCCUGCGUUGUCGCGUUCUGCACUUACAGUGGCCGACGUGGCAGCGCCAGAUGAUCCAAGGACUCUGCUCGACACUUCGGAACAGCCCAGGCAAUCGAGAGACACGCGGUUACAUGUGAGAAGGAAGAGAGUAGGAUUUAUCGCAUCUAAAACCCGGCCUCGCGUGACAGAGUCCGACCUGCAAGCGAAGCUUGAACUCGAACAGCAUCCAAUACGGGCUGGCACGAUCCUCCAACGACACCUAAAUAAUGGCAGCUUGACCUUAAACGUUCUCUGCCUUUGCUUAGAAUACCCAUGGUAUCUCUCGAUUAGGGACCGAUGGAGACUUGAGAGAGGACCGACUCUUCAGAGGCUGCGUGAUGGUCAACUUGGGCGAACUGCGCUGGUCGCUUUGUUGCAGAAUCCGCAACUCUUGCUAGAGUUGGCCAGGACUCAGAGAAGCUGUUGUGAUUUUCUUGCUUACUAUGUUGUCAACGAAAACCUGGAGAAACAAUUCUACAAGUGCUUGCAGCUGCCACUCAACGAAGGCCAGUACGGUCUCCACUGGCGCGGCCGACUUCUGGCCUCCCUGUGCAGCGCGACCUUCAUGCAUGGCACUUCUGCAUCUGCUGAUCGUCCUCUGAAAACCUUCUUUGAGGGAUACGAAGCGGUCACUUCUGAUCAGGACAGUUUUGUCCAACGCAACUCCCAAACCGAGAGUAGUCCGACGUUGGACGAACUACAAGUAGGCAUCUCCCAUUCAUUAUUCGCUAUGCGAGCGAUACUUGGAGAUCGACACAGGUUGCUAGGCUACCCUGACACAGAUCCAAAGCUCUACGACCAAUUUCUUGCUCUUCUGAGAUCCUCGAGGUCAUCUGCUUUCGACCAAGCAUGGGACAUUGCGCGGCUUCACAUGUACCAUCCACGGAAACUUGACGAAAAACCGGCAGUGCGACUACUUCGAGGCGUCGCGAGACUUGGUUUUCCGGCCGACAGUCGUGUCAUUCGGGAAAGAAAGCAAAUGGUUCAACCGGUGUGUGACUUUAUCAAACGUGCUCACAUCGUGGCCGAAGGCAACGAGAAUCACGAAGACUCCGAGUGGAUUCUCAACACCUUUGGAACACAGUUAUCUCGUGCAUACAAGCUGUCCAGGAAAUCCGCCAAAGCCGAGAUACGGACUCGCGAACAGACGCCCAUGCUGGAAAGGCUCUUUUAUGCAGCUACCGCACCCAGAAAAUACCGCCGAGCACCGCCUUCAGCUAAACAGUCGUUGGACUCGUACUUCUGGGAAGAUGCAGAAAGCUAG